UUUCAAAAUGGUAUUUGGGGAGAAUCAGGAUCUCAUUCGCACUCAUUUUCAAAAAGAAGCCGACAAAGUUCGAGCAAUGAAAACCAAUUGGGGACUUUUCACGAGAACAAGAAUGAUUGCUCAAAGUGAUUACGACUUUAUCGUGACUUAUCAACAAGCAGAAAACGAGGCAGAACGGAGCACAGUACUCUCGGUUUUCAAGGAAAAGGCUGUGUACGCUUUUGUUCAUCUGAUGUCUCAGAUUUCGAAAGAUGAUUACGUCAGGUACACUCUAACGCUGAUCGAUGAUAUGCUCCGCGAAGACGUCACAAGAACAAUUAUUUUUGAAGACGUUGCAGUUCUUCUGAAAAGAUCUCCCUUUUCUUUUUUCAUGGGUCUUCUCCAUCGUCAAGAUCAAUACAUUGUACAUAUUACAUUCUCGAUUCUCACAAAAAUGGCUGUUUUUGGAAAUAUAAAAUUAUCUGGAGACGAACUUGACUAUUGCAUGGGAUCUUUGAAAGAGGCGAUGAAUAGAGGAACAAACAACGACUACAUUGUUACAGCAGUUAGAUGCAUGCAAACUUUAUUCAGAUUCGAUCCAUAUCGAGUUUCAUUUGUCAACAUCAAUGGCUACGACUCACUGACUCAUGCUCUAUAUUCGACUCGAAAAUGCGGGUUUCAAAUUCAGUACCAAAUAAUUUUCUGCAUGUGGCUUCUCACUUUCAACGGACAUGCUGCAGAAGUGGCUUUGUCUGGGAAUCUUAUUCAAACGAUAUCUGGAAUUCUGGGCAAUUGUCAAAAGGAAAAAGUAAUCAGAAUUGUAGUAUCCACACUGCGGAACCUUAUCACUUCAAAUCAGGAUGUUUACAUGAAAAAGCAAGCUGCUCUUCAAAUGAUUCAAAAUCGUAUUCCGACUAAACUGGAUCAUCUGGAGAAUCGAAAAUUUACUGAUGUGGACCUUGUGGAAGAUAUGGUAUAUCUCCAGACUGAACUCAAAAAAGUUGUCCAAGUGCUGACAUCUUUCGAUGAAUACGAAAAUGAACUCAGACAGGGAUCACUCCAUUGGUCGCCUGCUCACAAAUGUGAAGUUUUUUGGAAUGAGAAUGCUCACAGACUUAACGAUAACCGACAGGAACUUCUGAAGCUUUUGGUGGCUAUGCUUGAGAAGAGUAACGAUCCAUUAGUGCUCUGUGUGGCUGCUCAUGAUAUUGGAGAGUUUGUCAGAUAUUAUCCACGUGGCAAACUUAAAGUGGAACAACUCGGUGGUAAAGAAGCAAUGAUGCGUCUGCUGACUGUGAAGGAUCCGAAUGUUCGCUAUCACGCUCUUCUUGCUGCACAAAAAUUAAUGAUCAACAAUUGGAAAGAUCUUGGGCUUGAAAUCUAAUCUUUUUCUGUAAUUAGUCUCGUAUUUUAUAGCAACUGUUAAAAUAUGUCAUUCUUAUGUGUAUUCGGUCCAAUUAGUCAAAUUAUCGCAUUCAUAAACUUAUUUAUUUCG